GUUUCUGAAGAUGGAUGCCAAUGUCACAUUCAGUGAUAUACCAUCAGAAAGGUUUUUUUUUAUAACAGCAUUCUAUAAUAUUGGAAUCUGUGCAAUUCUUUUCAUGGUGGGCACUACUGGCAAUGGCCUUGUCAUCUGGAUUACUGGGUUCAAGAUGAAGAAAUCCAUCAAUUCCAUCUGGUUCUUAAAUCUUGCCCUCGCUGACUUCAUCUUCACCACCUUUCUGAUUUUUGACAUCAUUAAUAUUUUUAUGUAUUAUGAGUGGCCUUUUGGUACAUUUUUCUGCCAUUUGAAUGCCCUGGUCAUGUACACAACUAUGUUCAGCAGCAUCUUCCUAUUGUCUGUCAUCAGUGUGGACCGAUGCUUGCUGGUGGAAGCUCCUGUGUGGAUGCAUCACCAUCGUAUACCUCGGAAUACUAGCAUUGUGUGCCUGCUUGUCUGGUCCUUGGCACUUGUGGUCAGCCUCCCUUACGCAGUCUUUAUGAAAAAUUUUACCUUUAACAACAAUACCUAUUGUUAUUUUGAGGUCAGCAUUAACUUUAAAGUAAAUGUAUACUGGACUAAUGUUUUCAACUUUGCACACUUCCUGGGUGGCUUUCUGAUCCCACUCAUCAGUAUCACCAGCUCCUACACUGUCAUCACUUGCCACCAGAAUGCAAUCAAACAAAAAGCCUCCAAAAUGGUCACAAUCUUUGUGGCUAUCACUGUCAUCUUUUUCCUCUGCUGGUUUCCGUACCAUUUUAUGAAAAUAUUGGAGUUCUUUCAGCCAGAAAAUGAAAUCACUGAAAAAUAUGUAACAUAUUUAUAUCCUUUUGUCGGUAACAUAAUUUAUAUCAACAGUUCCAUCAACCCGAUGUUGUAUGCUUUCCUGUCUCCAUCCUUCUGGAGGACAUGCAAGAAGUCCUGUUCAGGGUUAUGCAGAACAUGCUUUAAGAAGACACAAUUCGUCAAUGGCAGAAGAAGAAAAGAUGUUACUGUGAUAAGUACAACAAACCUUUAGACGACAGUAUGCUACGCUAACCAUAUAUAUAAGAGGAGUGCUUCAUUAGUAGUCUGUUCAAACCAUACAUGCAUGGAAUAAAUGACCAGAUAGUGUUGUAGAGAGUGGUAUUUGAACAACUUUCAAAGCUCAAUUUCAUUUUAUUUUGGAAAAAUUUGGAGAAUAGGAUUAGAGUUUCAUUAUACUGAAUUGCCUGUUCUCAUUAAAAUUGUUCUAAUGUUUUAAUUCCUAAUAUGUUCAGACCCACACAUAAAAAAACAACUUUUCAUGGAAUUAUUAAGUAAUGGGAAUGAUUAAUUUCAUUCAAAAAUUAUGAUUAAACUUGCCUUCUAA